AUGUCUCACUUCCACCCUUACAACAGGUCAUACUUGCAAGUGUCAGCCCCAUUGUCCGAGAUCUAUCUGCCCUCUGAGAAUGAGCACUUGAUGGCCUCGCGGCCCAAUUUCCAUCAACCGGACUCACACAUCUAUCCGUCUAACUUCCACAUGCCUCCGGCUUUGGGCUUGCUCCAAUUACCAAAUGAUGUCGUCCCACUACCGCCACCAGCCCAAGUGGGCCUGCCUCACAUUCCUAGUUGUUCCAUACUGCCUGUCGCUCCACACAUAUUCACCUGCGACAUCUCUUUUGUUGUGUACUGCUCGAGGAAAAACAAGCAGAAUCAACCAGUUUGGAAUUCUAUACAAUCACCUAAAGAAGGUCAUUGGAUCACCAUUGACACCCGCACAAUCACCUACGAUUUGUUCCAUCAAUUGGUUGCGGCAAAGUGCGCCAAGAAUUAUGCCAAGCUGCCAAGCUUGCUUCACAAGGGGACAACCACUAUCCCACCUUAUAUCCAUUGGAGCGGUUACAUUAUUUGUAACAAACAAUGGCCAAAGGGUAGACCCAAACCUAUCUCCACUCGCUCCGACUUUGCCGCCUGGAUAGAUGCGAUUACCAAGGCAAGGACCCCUGCCACCAAAGGGGGGGUUUCCAUCAAGAUGGCGGACCCGGCGGUGGAGAUUGCGUUGGCUGCAAAUAAUGAUUUGCUUGUGGAAUCAGUCCGGCGUAGCGAGGCUUGGGAGGCGGCUAUGGCGGCACAACAAUCUCAAGGAAGUUUGUUGGGUUUGCACCCUUUGGAUCUUAUGGACGAUGAUUCUGAUGGAGAUUCUUGCAAUGAAGAUUUCAAGGCGCGUACAAUAAUCAAAGUGGAUCUCUUCAAUAAAUACAAGCAGAACACAGGCGUGGUCUCUUCUCACCCAAUCUACCCAGAUCCAACCGACGUCAAUAGAUACAUAAUUCUAACGCCGGGCAAUGUGGCUCUAUGGGCCAAAGCAAUUCAUCUGAAGGAGCCAGGUGUUGGUCUCUUAUCUCCACCUGCGACACUCAAAUAUUAUAACCGCAAAACAAAGAAAUCAUUGCUGCUGGACGCUUCCCCUGGCGCGCCGGGCCCACAGUUGGGCUCAUCUGAUCUGGUGGCAAGCUUGGUUGAAGCCUGUCGUGCAACAAUCAGAUCCAAUGCAACCAACCUUAAUCUUGUACAAUCGCCACCGUCUUUGGAUGCUGGCUCCCUCGAGGGGGACCCCCCGUUGUUGAUUGAGUACCUGAAGUUUGCAGGGGUUCUGCCUACCGAGAAGACGUUGGCGAUUCUGGCGGGCAAAGAUAUUGACAGCUACCAAAUGUUUGCGGACGGAUACAUGUCAAAUGAAGAUUUGAAGGGCUUGGGACUUACUAAGGGGACUCUGGCAAAGCUCCGCAACAAUGUUGGACCGUACUGA